CGCGCAUGUUUGUCGCAUUUUGUGUUGAUGCUACAAAGAAGAGAUCCUGCCGUGUACCAGCCGGGGGGGCUAUGAGCGCAUUCCGAAGGCGUUAAACAUGUAAAUUGGCGAAUUUUCUCUGGAGAGUGCGUAGGGAAGGAAGGAAAAUGCUGUCAACGGGAAUUGGAUACGGGGGUGGACAAAAUACGGUUUCCGUGACAAAUACCACGCCUUCGUACAGCCCUCCUCCAACGGGGAGACACAGCCCUCUCCCCAGCUUCGGCUUCACUCAGGAGCAGGUCGCCUGCGUCUGCGAGGUCUUGCAGCAAGCAGGAAACGUCGAACGAUUAGGACGAUUUUUAUGGUCGUUGCCAUCAUGUGAUAAAUUACAUAAUAACGAAUCAGUUUUAAAAGCAAAGGCAAUAGUAGCAUUUCAUAGGGGUAAUUUUAAGGAAUUGUAUAAGAUAUUGGAAAGUCACACGUUUAGUCCACAUAACCAUGCGAAGCUGCAAGCGUUGUGGUUGAAAGCCCAUUACAUAGAAGCUGAAAGGUUACGGGGACGACCGUUAGGAGCCGUAGGAAAAUACCGCGUCAGGCGAAAAUUCCCCUUGCCCAGGACGAUAUGGGACGGCGAGGAGACUAGUUAUUGUUUCAAAGAAAAAUCUAGGAGCGUUUUAAGAGACUGGUAUUCCCACAAUCCGUAUCCGAGUCCUAGAGAAAAGCGAGAAUUAGCGGAGGCGACGGGUUUGACGACCACGCAAGUUUCGAAUUGGUUCAAAAACCGAAGACAACGAGACAGGGCCGCCGAACACAAAGACAGUACUCAAAGCACUUCAGAAAAACCGCACCUCGAUUCGAGCGGCUCGGACAGCGAGACAGAAGGUCAUAAAAUGACGUACGCGCCGAGCGGACUGAUCCAGACGCAGAUGAAUCCCUAUCAGACGAUAACGGCACCGGCGCCUUACGCCUGUCAGCCGAUGUAUCAGACGCCGCCGGAAAUGCUGCAGGAUUAUCAAGCUUUGUGACAAUGGUUGAUCGUACCGCAGAGUUAUCCAGCCGGUGGCAAUUUAUAGACACGCUAUAGUUAUAAUGGAAGCCUGAAAAAAUUCAAUAAAAUUUAG